AUCAUUUUGUGAGUUUGUAUUAUGAUCUUUCCUGCCACUAAAACAACUCCCUAAGGCUAAGUCUUUUCUUUUUUCAUUUUUCAGCUUUGCCUAACAUCUAUCCCUGGAUGGUAUGUGGUGGGCUGGUCUCCAUUCUGUCAUUACCUUUCCUAGGCUGAGUGAGGUCCUUGCUAUUCCCUUUCCUGGGCUAUAUGAGGAAGGCUGAUCCUUGCCAGUACCUUUCCCAGGCCAAGUGAGAUGUCCCGGGCAAAACAGUCAGAAAGAUGGGAUUUCUUUCCAGAACUCCAAAAAUCCAGUGAACCCAAAUUAAGUGAUGAUGUAAGAAACAUGUUAUUUUUAAAUUUCCAUGGAUGGCAUUUAAGAGAGAUUGAAUUCAACCCAAACUACAGUUCAGUUAGAAUAUGCAUAUUGUCCAAGAAUUUUCUUACAGAUAUUUCUCCACUUAGGAACUGUGUAAAAUUAAUUAAGUUGGAUCUUCAUUCAAACCAGAUAAAAUUUCUGCCAGAUGCAACUUUUUGGGGUGAAAUGACAGAACUAAAACUUCUCUAUCUUCAUGAUAAUUCAUUUGUAAAACUAAAGAACAUGUGCUCGUUAUCUGGAUGCCCCAAACUGCUUGCCCUCACUAUGUAUGACUGCCCAGUGAGCCUAAAAAAAGGGUAUAGACACGUGAUCGUGAACAGCAUAUGGUCACUCAAACUCCUGGAUCAUUAUGUGAUUUCUGAUGAAGAAGUCAUUGAGAACUGGACACUUCCAGAAAGAUUCAAAUCCUUUACUAAACAGCUUUCCUGUGACAUCACCCCAUUAUUGCUAAAGGGAACAAACUAUGAGAAAGAGGUAUACGAGGUGAAUCGUAUCAUUUCAAAAAUAAAUAAAAUUGUUGCACACAAUUCACCAGUGGUGAUCAUCCAAAGAUGGCUUCGUGGACAUUUGACUAGACAAAUAUGGAAAGAAAGUUAUGCUAGAUGGUUACGAGGGAGGAAACCUUUUAAGUUUUUUAAAAGAAAACCUUUAAAGAUACCAACAACACCAAAAAAACUUUCAAAAGGGGAGAAAGAAAAGGAACAAGUGCCAAAAGAAGAGCACUUGCCAGUUAAAGAGUUGGUAAAAGAAAAGCCUGCAGUCCCUGAAAAACAAGUUCAUGCUUUCUACAAGAGAAUGGGCAGUCCCAUCAAACAUCGAAUACUUUCAGCAAAACACAGAUCACUUCUUUUUCAUGCUUUAUCAGAAUUACGGAAAAAAGAGUACCCACAGCAGCUCCCCAGAUUCAAACCUAUUAAAGUUUCUAAGAUACCAGCAGAAGAAAAGAUUGAUUAUCAAGAAAUGGACUUCAGUUUUAGCAUGCCAGUGAUGAAAGCUCGUAUGCAUCUAACAUCCCCUAGUCUGUUACUUCCAAAACUUAAAGAGAUAAAACCGGAAACUUACCAUCGUCCAACUUUCCGAUUAUGUCAUUUAGUUGAGAAACCCGAAGUUCAAAUCAUUCCUUACUUAGAAAGGGUUGAGAAGAAGAAGCCUGCUAGACCCCUUUGCACUGUGGACUUUGGGCCACUUCUUAGUGUUGAUAGACAGUAUCUAAAAAAGGAGCAGAAGCGAAACCAACAAGAAAAAAUUGCACUUAUUGCCAUGAUCCAUCUUACCGAUGAAAUUACAAAUCAAAGUGUGCGGGACUAUAUUCAAGAGAGAAUACUCUCAGUUAAAAAAAGGAAUGAAGAAGAAAGCAAGAAAAUUAAUGAACAUUUGGAAAAUUUUCAAGCAAACAAAACAAGAGUAAUGAAAGAAUUCCACGAAAGGAAAACUAAAUUUCUAGAAGAGAGACAACAGAGAACAGAAGACCGUAUGUUGGUGGAAGAGAUCUGCAAUCAGCAUUGCACACUGACAAAGGAACUAUUUCAGUUUGACAGAUUCAAGAAGAGACAAGAUGUCAUGAAUGACAAAAAGGAAUUUGUGAAUAAAAUGAGGGAAACUGAAAAAUAUCGAAAGACUUUAGUUAAAAGAAUGAAGAAAGGGAGGAUUAAAGUGAUACAUAAGAGACAUAUAGAAGAGAAAAUAAUUACGCAUGCCGUCGUUUCUCAGAAGGCUUCUGAUCGUCUUCAAGAAGCCAAGGACAGAGUAGCCGCCAUGAAAAAGCAUCAUGUUUAUGUGCCUUUAGGACUGGGAAAGCCGAGUUUCUUUUCUUAGCUCACCUGCAUUGCUAAAGUGAUUAUACUUCAUGUCAAAGUACACUGGGAACACUCUCUGAAGCAAGAAGACAUCUGCUUUCAUGGAGCAGAACAGUUUGUUUUAUUCUUUUUUUAGUUCAAAUUUUAGUUUAUUUUAUUAUCAAUUAUAUAAAGACAAAAAUUUCAACAUCUAUUUUUAAAAUCUCAAGUCUCUAUUAUCCCCAUCCCUUCCUUCCAUCUCUCCUCUUUGAGAAAACAAACAAUGUGGUAUGGAUUAUAUAUAUGUAGUCAUGUAAAACAUUUCCCUUUUAGAAUUUUGCAAAAGAAACAAAAAUAACCAAAAAAUCCCCAAGGAUAAUAAAGUAAAAAUAAUGUUUCAAUCUUCA